UGGACAAGACCUGCCCACCCUCCACCCCUGACACCAUGACCCACUCGUGCUGCUCCUCUUGCUGCCAGCCUACGUGCUGCAGGACCACCUGCUGCCGGACCACCUGCUGCCAGCCCAGCAGCUGUGGGUCCAGCGGCUGUGGGUCCAGCUGCUGCCAGCCUUGCUGCUGUCCAACUUGUUGUCACACCACCUGCUGCCGGACCACCUGCUGCCGGACCACCUGCUGCCAGCCCAGCUGCUGUGGGUCCAGUGGCUGUGGACACAACGGCGGUGGGUCUAGCGGCUGUGGGUCAAGCUGCUGCCAGCCUUGCUGCCACCCAACUUGCUGUCAAACCACAUGCUGCAGGACCACCUGCUGCCAGCCCAGCUGUUGUGGGUCCAGCUGCUGUGGGUCCAGCGGCUGUGGACACAACUGCGGUGGGUCUAGCGGCUGUGGGUCGAGCUGCUGCCAGCCUUGCUGCUGCCCAACUUGCUGUCACACCACCUGCUGCCAGCCCAGCUGUUGUGGGUCCAGCGGCUGUGGACAAAACUGCUGUGGGUCCCACUGCUGCCAGCCAGUUUGCUGUACCCCCGUGUACUGCACGAGAACCUGCUACCACCCCACCUGCUGCUGCCUGCCUGGGUGCCUAGCCCAGGGCUCUGGAUCCUGCUGCCAGCCUUCCUGCUGCUGAUUGCCUCGCCAAGAACCACCAUCGGACUUGCCACUUGGGAAUCGGUCACUGCCACGCGUUGCGGAAAGCCAGCCCGCAAUCCCCAACAUCUCGGUUAUUCGUCCGCCUGUCUACCAUCUUGUGAAUCAGCCUGAUGAAGUGUGGACCGCUUCUCCCUGAUUCGCUUCUUCUUUCCUUCCUCUGGCUCAUGUGCCAGCUUCCCCCAACCUGAUACAGAGUUAGGAUCUCUGUUUGCUCUCCGUAGUCAAGAACUUUAUCCUGUCCCUCUAAAUACGUCAGCGAAACACCUCCUCAGGAAUGACCUAUAACUCGUGGAAACUGCUGAA